AUGGACGGCAAGACCGAAGUAGAUUUUUCUGGCAGCAGCUUAACCCCUUUGUGGCGGAGGCGUUCAAGCCCUCAGCCCCAGCUGCUGGGCCGGAGCAAGCCGAGGCCCCAGUCCUACCAGAGCUCCAGCGGGUUGCUGAUCACGGAUUUCCCAGUGGAGGACCGAGGGAGGCCCCCCGCGGCGCAGACUCCGGCCCAGGUGCCCACCGCCUCCGACGGCAGGCCGAUCCAGAGGAGCCCCCUGCUUUUGUGCGCCCAUCGGAGGUUGGUGACCAAUGGGAGGACCGUCUCCCCGGAGUACAGGGCUGUUUCUCCUCGGCUUCGACGACCCAAGUCACCCCAGCAACCCAGAGCGGCGUCGGGCGGCUACCCCAGAUCCCCAGCGAACGGCACUGCGACUUCUCUCGCGCAGCAGCCGCUGCACCGCCCGCGGACUCCUCAUGCGUCUGCCCCCUGCAGCCCCGAGGGGGACAGGGCCAGAUUCCCCGCCAGCCCCCUGCUUUUGCCUGCUGCAAAUGCGCUUACCCCUAAUACCGCCUCCCCAGGCGCGCGUUCGCUGUCCGGCCAGAUGGCUAAGGACCCUGAGCGGGGACCUUCGAGACUCUCUCCCGCGCCCCACAAAAGGUCUUUGGAGCAAAAACUCCCCCUCCAAAGGCUUCCCUCACAGGAGAACGAGCUCCUGGAGAAUCCUUCAGUGGUUUUGAGCACAAACAGCCCCGCCGCCCUCAAAGUGGGGAAACAGCAGAUCAUUCCGAAGAGCCUGGCCUCGGAAAUUAAGAUAAGUAAAUCCAACAGUCAGAAUGUGGAGCCCCACAAGAGACUGCUUAAGGUGCGCAGCAUGGUGGAGGGCCUUGGAGCGCCCCUGGGCCCCGCAGAGGACGAGGGCGAGGCGGAGAACGACUUGGACAGUCCGGGGUCUCUGCGGAGAGGCUUGAGGUCCACGUCCUAUCGCAGGGCGGUGGUCAGUGGCGUUGAUUUUGACAGUCCUACCGCCUCGAAGAAGAAGAACAGAAUGUCCCAGCCUAUUCUGAAAGCGGUGAUGGAAGAUAAGGAGAAGUUUUCCAGCCUGGGAAGGAUAAAGAAAAAAAUGCUGAAAGGACAAGGAACAUUUGAUGGGGAAGAAAACGCUGUUCUGUAUCAGAACUACAAAGAAAAGGCCCUUGACAUUGACUCUGAUGAAGAGUCGGAGCCCAAAGAACAGAAAUCAGACGAAAAAAUUGUGAUUCACCAUAAGCCACUGAGGUCUACAUGGAGCCAGCUCUCUGCGGUGAAAAGAAAUGGAUUAUCUCAGACAGUUAGCCAGGAAGAAAGAAAGAGACAAGAGGCUAUCUUUGAAGUUAUAUCCUCUGAACAUUCGUAUUUACUCAGCUUGGAGAUCUUGAUACGAAUGUUUAAAAAUUCUAAAGCACUGAGUGAUACGAUGACCAAAACAGAGAGUCACCAUCUUUUCUCCAAUAUUACAGAUGUCUGCGAGGCAAGCAAAAAAUUCUUUACAGAGUUGGAAGCAAGACAUCAGAAUAAUAUCUUCAUAGAUGACAUAAGUGACAUUGUGGAAAAACACACAGCAUCCACAUUUGACCCAUAUGUGAAAUACUGCACAAAUGAAGUCUACCAACAGCGGACACUACAAAAAUUGUUAGCCACCAACCCAUCUUUUAAGGACGUCUUGUCCCGAAUCGAGUCCCACGAAGACUGUAGGAACUUACCCAUGAUCUCAUUUCUCAUCCUCCCGAUGCAGAGGGUGACCCGCCUUCCCCUGCUCAUGGAUACUAUCUGUCAAAAGACACCUAAGGACUCUUCAAAGUAUGAAGUCUGCAAAAGGGCCUUAAAGGAAGUAAGCAAGUUGGUUCGACUCUGCAAUGAAGGAGCUCGGAAGAUGGAAAGGACUGAAAUGAUGUACACAAUUAACUCCCAGCUGGAAUUUAAAAUUAAGCCUUUUCCUCUAGUCUCCUCUUCCCGCUGGUUGGUCAAAAGAGGUGAGUUGACAGCCUAUGUGGAAGACACUGUGCUUUUCUCAAAAAGGACGUCCAAACAGCAAGUCUACUUCUUCCUCUUUAACGACGUGCUCAUUAUCACCAAGAAGAAGAGUGAAGAAAGUUACAAUGUCAAUGAUUAUUCCUUAAGAGAUCAGCUACUGGUGGAGUCCUGUGACAGUGAAGAGCUUAAUUCUUCUCCAGGGAAGAACAGUUCCACAGUGCUUUAUUCAAGACAGAACUCUGCCAGUCACCUCUUUACGCUGACCGUCCUUAGUAACCACGUGAACGAGAAAGUGGAGAUGCUGCUGGGCGCUGAGACUCAGAGCGAGCGAGCCCGCUGGAUAACUGCCCUGGGACACAGCAGCGGGAAGCAGCCUCCGGACCGAACCUCACUGACUCAAGUGGAAAUCAUUAGAUCAUUUACUGCCAAGCAACCAGAUGAACUCUCCCUGCAGGUGGCAGACGUGGUCCUCAUUUAUCAGUGUGUCAGCGAUGGCUGGUAUGAAGGGGAAAGACUGCGAGAUGGAGAAAGGGGCUGGUUUCCUAUGGAAUGUGCCAAGAAGAUAACAUGUCAAGCUACAAUUGAUAAGAAUGUGGAGAGAAUGGGACGUUUGCUGGGACUGGAGACCAACGUGUAG